CAGGCGCCGGAGUGAUGAUCGACGUGCAAGGCGCAACAAACAACGGUGCUCGGUCUGAUUGCAAACAGCGAAAAGCAGAAUUGCGACUUACCUACGCAUCACAGACUCGCCAUUGUUCUGCUGCUGCGACAUGAUGGAUGAGGUACCGUGUACAACACAGCAGGCUUGGGGCGGUGCUGCGAUUGGCUGGACAGCGGGCGCGUGUUGCGUCGAGUGCAAAGCUGGCGAUGUCUAGGGCGGCACGGUGUUGCGGGUGGAUUGCGCAGCGCGGGACCCGGCAGAUAGGAAUGCGGGAUAUCUCGAGGGGUGCGGGCAGACGGUGCAGGCGGAGGGCAGCGAGGGCGGCUCCACGGGGACUGGAGCGACUGACGGGAGCGAGUGAGUGCAGGGCGAGUGGGUGGGCGAGCGAGGGCGGUGCUGCGUGGGCGAGGCGCGACAGGUCGGGGCGGCUGGGAGGUGAGCGAGAGAGUCGGCGGGGAGCGCGGCCCUUAAGAAUGGAUGAACGCGGCGACGCAGCGAUGGUCGGCGGCGCCGGGUGUGGUGCUGCAGGGCCUCGAGCACGGGCGGGCGUGUCAGGAAUAGAGCGCACACGAAGAGGGGGCUGUCGCUAGACGUCUGUCGCUAGAGGGUCGGUCUGCGCGGAUGGGAGGGCGUGCGUGGGGAGGGCGAGAAGGCGCAGCAGCCCUCGUCCCGUCCCAGUCUCGCAGCGCAGUCGCGCAGUCCCCUCCCCCCCCAGUCCCAGAGAUCGCCAAGGCCGCCUAAAGCACCUGCCGCAUCAACACCACCGCCGUCCGCGCAUAGCAGUGAGGUGCCGCCCGACCCACGCUCCGACCGCGCCCACGACCCGCGAUCCGCGACGACCACCUCCCGCAGUCUCUGCCCGUCGCCCAC